AUGAAGUCGAAAGGUUCGUUUAGUAAUGAUGAUAUGAGGUAUUCUGUCGAUACGAGUUGUACCGGAACGACUGAUAUUGAGGAAGAUAUUGAAGAUUUGGAUAAUUAUAAUGCAAAUGGCUAUUUAACGCCUGAUGAGCAGGGAUUAACACCACAUAAAGUAGGACGUUCACCCAUGACUGAUUAUGAGGGUGAUGAAAUUAUGGAAAGUAUUGAUUCUUUGGAACAGUCAAGAGAUACACCAACCUCCACAGGUUCUUCUUCACCAAUCAAACACCUCAGUGUUAUCUCUCAAAACUCUCUCUCAUCAACACCUACCAAAAAUCCAGCCGCUGCUUCCUCUAGUAACCACCUUUCUGUAGGAAACAACAGCAAUAGGCAAUCUAAUCUAGCAAAGAAAAGGCCACAAAAUCUUAGUAUCAAUAAGAGUGAUCUUACUCAAUCUAAUAAUUUUGUUGGACCACAUACCGAUUUCAACACUUCACCAGCUAAAAACCAGCAAGCAUCAUUUAGAGUACCAUCACCGAUCAAUUCUCAAAGUUCAAACUUUUCUUCGUCAUCAAAUAAUAGUAGUUUAAACAAUUCAUUGGUGACUGGAGUUUCAAACGUCUUCUUUCUUCCAUCAGCUUCUUCCGAUAAGGGUUCUGCCAAUGUAAAUAGUCAGCAGAAUACUCCACAGCCAAUGUCAAUUCAUACAUUCAGUUCUCAACCUUCUCCAUCUCAUCACUUGUAUUUCAAGAAUAAGAAAGUCAACACACCAUCACACUCGAGUAAAAUAUCCAGAGCACCAACACCAACAGCAAUCAUGGUCAAUGACACGCCAGUUAAUGACGCAAAAUAUGGAAAGGAAACAACACCUAAGGUUAAUGUUUCUCAAAACAAACAUUUACCUCCAAUCCAAAGAAAAGAAGAACAUCCGAGCCAAUCUCACAAUAGUCCAAGAAUUCCCAAACAAGCCACAAAUACAGUUGAAGAAUCAACAGGUUCCUCUGCAGUAUCGACAGUCUCAACAAACGUCACCACAGCAACAACAACGACCAAUAAUGAUACUAGUUCUACUCUCGUUUCUCAAGUUAGUAGUGCCUCCUCCAAAAGAUCAAAUUCUAGCGAGCCAUCCUCAAAAGUUAGCACAGCUUCUAGCUCAACAAGAAAGGGAUCCAAGUCAGCUAAAAAGAAGGAAAAAACAAUCAAGAAUUACAAGAAGGGAGAUUUUAUUGGUUCAGGAGCAAGUGGAAAAGUAUUUUUGGGAUAUAAUUUGGACGAUGGUAAAUUCUUUGCAAUCAAGGAAUGUACUUUCGACAGUGUACCUGAGGACAUUUUGGAAUUGAAAUUAGAAAGUCUCCAAAGAGAAAUUAACUUGAUGAAGGAACUUUGUCAUGAAAAUAUUGUACAAUAUUAUGGAGCAGAAGUGACAGGAACAACCCUUAACAUCUUCUUGGAAUAUGUUCCAGGUGGUUCUGUUUCCUCCUUACUGAGAAGAUAUGGCAGAUUGUCAGAGGAUGUUGUUCGUCACUACACCACUCAAAUUCUUAAAGGUUUGAAAUAUUUGCAUGAGAAUAGAAUUGUCCAUCGUGAUAUUAAAGGUGCAAACAUUCUAGUGAGUGUGGAAGGAGCCAUUAAAUUGGCAGACUUUGGUGCUUCAAGGAAAAUUCAAGAUAUCAUGACUCUCUCAACUGAAUUUAAGAGUUUACUGGGAACUCCUCACUUUAUGGCUCCAGAAGUUAUCAUGCAAACUGGUCAUGGUAGAUCUGCGGAUAUUUGGAGUAUUGGUUGUACAGUUGUUGAAAUGUAUACUGGUAAACCACCAUUCACUGAAUUUACAACAGCAGCUGCAGUCAUGUUCCAUAUUGCUGCAUCGACAGAGAUGCCAUCCUUCCCAGAGUUUGUUUCUGAAGGGUGUAAAAAGUUCUUGUACAAAUGCUUUAUCAGAGAUCCCAAUCUGAGAGCAACAGUAGAUGAUCUAUUAAAUGAUCCAUGGAUUCUACAAACAGAUGAGAGUGAUGAUGAAGGAACAGAUUCAGUGAGCUCACCUGCUGUUUGCAGUCCAUCUGACGAUGAUUGUAUCAAUGCAUUCACUCCAUCCUCUGGUUCUGCUUCUCCUUUCCCUCCUGAACCAGAACAUAAGUAUGAUGAGAGUUUUGAUGAGCCUCCACAUGGUGGGCCAAAAAUUCAUACUGAACUCUCUCAAGAAAUGAAGGAAAAGAAACCAUUGGAUGUUGUAAAACCAAAGAAGGGAUACAAUAGUCAGAAGGAUAUUUCCAUCUUUUUAAGAAAGAAUUCAAUGUGGCAAUCACGUUCCUUCAGUAAUGGAGAAAUCAAUUUGAAACCUGUAACAGAAAAGCAACAACAAAACAGUAAUCAUAGUGAUUCUUCUGAUUUUGAGGAUGAAGAAAUAACCAACUAUUUCGAUGAUGAUUUUGAGGAAGAUGGUUUUAGUGGACUGAGUUCUAUGAAAACUGAGUACGACCCACAAGAUCCACAAAAGUUGGAGAGUCCAGAUAGAAAGAAAAAGGAUGCGAGCAGCAAGCAAAAGAAGGUGAGAAGGAAGUUGGAAGAGGACUACAAGAAGGAGGUUCCUCAACCUGUUCAACAACCUAUAGAAAUCGACAAUUCACCAAAGAAGGAAAAGAAAAAGACCAAGAGGAAAUCUGUCACUCAAAAAUUCAUUGACUCUGGUUCUUCAAAUACAACAGCAACGAAUUCAUCAAAUCAAUCUGAUAUGGAUUUAUUCCCAGUCAUUGAAAUACCUAAGAAAACUCUCUACCAAAAAGAAAGAGAAAAGAACGACAUGAGAGCAAGGAAGGAAGAAGAGAAAAUUCAUCUCAUGGAAAAGGAACUUUCCAAGCUCGAUCACAGCCAAGUAUUUGCCUAUCAAAAGCCUGAAAAGACUGAAUCUCCUAAGAAAAUCAUUCCUCCAAUUCCUCAUACUUCCCAUUCCAAAUCAAAAUCACCUGCAAGAGAGCGUUCUAGAAUUAAAUCAGCUCCAAUCAAACGAGUCAGUUGUGAAGAUUUAUCAGAAACACUCUCACCAAUUACACAGUUAGGAAAAGUAACAUCACCAACUAAGACUGCCCCAAAAAAUCACCGAUAA